AGCCGUUGCUUUUCUCAGUUUGCCAGUUAAUAUCAGCGUUGCGUUUCUAGCGCGGAACAGUCGAAAUUGUCAGUUCGUUGGCUGAGCACUAGCCUCGUCUUAACUUAAGAAAUCGAAAGUCUAUAUACCACCGGUUGAAAUGGCUAAAAUAUAUAUCAGUGCUUUGUUGUGCCUGGCCAUGUUUGGCUCCAUGGUUCUUUGCUCGCCGGAGUGUCCAGUGCCCAACGGUCGUUUCGCAGCCGGGGACCAGUGCGAUGCCUAUACAGAGUGCCAGGAUGAUGUUCCCAUUGCCAAGCUGUGCCCUGACGGCCUGCUCUUCCACCAGCGUACUAAGGCCACUGGAGAGUGCACCUAUGCCCCGUUUAGCACCUGCAAGGAGCGCACCCGCCUCCAGCCAGCCAACGGCACGGACGAGUGCCCCCGCCAGUUUGGCUUCUACCCGAACGGGGACCAGACCAAGUGCGGUGUCUACAGGAACUGCGCCCAUGGCGUGGCCACCGUGACCAAGUGCCCUGAGGGAUUGGCUUUCAACGAAGACACCUACCAGUGCGACUGGCCCGACCUAGUGGCCAACUGCAACGCAGAGGCCUACCUGGGGUUCAACUGCCCUGCCGCCGAUCAGGCCGAGGGUGUGGCCUCCGAGGUGGACGUCAGUCCCGAGGGUGAGCUCCGCUACUACAGACACCCCCAGACCUGCAAGAAGUACUUCGUGUGUGUCAACGGCCACCCGCGCCUUUACAACUGCGGCAAGUACCUGGCCUUCAACUCGGAGUCCAAGCUGUGCGACUUCUACAACAAGGUGCCGGAGUGCUACGCCCUGCUGAAGGAGAAGCAGAGGCUGAAGGCGCAGAAGCAGCUGCCCACGUUGGCCGAGUCCUUGGCUUAGGUUUCCAGAGUGAUGGACCGCAUCCAGAGGCUGGAGGCUUAUCCCUUCCUGAGCAACUAAAAUUAUUCUGUAAAUAUGUAAACUAUCCCUAUGGUUUCAAUAAAUGAGUAAUAUGUCCAAAGUAAA